AUGCCGACUCCGCCGGAUCUUGACCUAUUUGUUGGUACGCGUUGGGACGAAUCGGGAUGCGAGGCUGAUAUGUUGGAAAGUGCAGAGGGGGGGCGGACCUCUCCCUCCCGGCCUCAGCAAGAGCCCAUCAACCUCAAGAAUGAGGUACACUUAACCCAAUACUCAACACUAUCUACUUAUACUUUUGUGUCGCCGCCCUUAGUAACACUCUAUUGUGAAAUGUUAUAA